AUGGCUGAAUUACGUGAAAAAUUAUCCCAAUAUAUUGGCUUUAAAACUGAAGAAAUCCGUCUUCCAAUCACAGAAGAAGAACUACUAGUAACAGACCAUCAGAUGAAAUUAUUUUUUAGCAAAAUCAUGGGUAUUCACGAUGGCUGCCCCUCAAUCCCCAACAGAAACGCAAAGUUGAUUGUUCAUCCGGUGUGUAUGGUCGAGCUCAAUGAAACGAGUGAAUCCGAUAUCAUAUGCUGCCAGAUGUUAAAACGGUUUACUGCCAAGGGUGAUGCUAAGAAAGUGUUGAUAGAUGUACCUCCAUCUAAGAUAUUAUCGAGAAAGGGUUUAGCUCAUAUUUGA